AUGGAACAACAACUUCAUUUAAAGGCUAUUGUCGGAGACAUCGCAGGUGUGAAAUCUCUCAUUGAGCGCGGAUGCAACAAAGAAUCAACUGAUUCCCGCAAAGAAACUCCACUUAUUACUGCAUUUAGAGGUAUGCUUGAUACUGUCAAAUACCUUGUCUCAAUCGGAGCUAAUUUAGAAGCAAAGGAUCAGGAUGGAUAUACACCACCAGCUGCUGCAGUAUCGUAUAAUCGUGCUGAUGUUGUUCAAUAUCUGCAGUAUCUUAUCUCGGCCGGUGCUAAUUUAGAUGCAGCUGAUAAUUAUGGAAAGACAUCACUCCAUUAUGCAAUAAACGAUGACAAACUUGAAUUAGUUAAAAUGUUAAUCUCAAAAGGAACCAAUCAAGAAGCAAAGGAUAAAAAUGGGGAUACUCCGCUCAAUCUUGCAUCACAAGAUGGUAAACUUAAAAUCGUUAAGUAUCUUAUCUCAAAUGGAGCUGACAUAGAAGCAGCAGAUGAUAAGGGAUUUACUCCAUUACUUAGUGCCACAGCUUUUUGCCAUCAUGAAGUCAUUAAGUAUUUGAUCUCAGUUGGGGCUAAUAAAGUAGCAAAGACUAAUGAUGGAAGAACUCUAAUCAUUGAAGGAUCAAGAAUGGCCAACCUCGACACUUUUAAAUACAUUGUCUCACUCGGAUGCAAUAUAAAUGACAAGGAUGAUAUAGGAAGAACACCGCUGAUGUAUGCAUCAAUGUCUUCGGAACUUGAACUUGUUAAAUAUAUUAUCUCUCUUGGAGCUGAUAAGAAUGCAGUCGAUAAAGAUGGAAAAACCGCGCUCUCUUAUGCAAAAGAUCGCAAUGUAAAAGAAUAUCUAAUGUCUAUUGGAGCCAAUUAA